UGUGUGCCUUUAUUUUUUUAGACUUUUACCAUUGACUAUGAAAAUAAUGAAUUUCUCAAAGACGGCAAAGUAUUCCGAUAUGUUUCUGGUUCAUUGCACUAUUUCAGAAUUCCUCAACUUUAUUGGAAAKAUAGAAUUCAAAAAAUGAAAGCGGCUGGAUUAAACACCAUAACAACUUAUGUUGAAUGGAGUUUACAUGAACCAUUUCCUGGAGUGUAUGAUUUUGAAGGGAUUGCUGAUUUGRAGUAUUUUAUUGAAUUAAUCAAAAAUGAAAACAUGUAUCUUAUUUUGAGACCAGGUCCGUAUAUAUGCGCUGAACGAGAUUUUGGUGGAUUUCCAUAUUGGUUAUUAAACGUGACACCUAAAAACAGUUUGAGGACUAACAACUCAA